UCACAUCUAUCUGGCAUUAGAGUCUGCCACGUUGCCUGCCAUUUGAUCGUUGUUACUCAGCUUCACACACGCACGCACAGACGGAGAGAGAGAGAGAGAGAGGAAAGCAACUGACCUUGGCGGCCAUGGCAGUAGCAGUGAGCUACUGCAAGCCUUCUCCAUUUCUAGGCCAAUUCCCAUUUCAUUUCGGGAGAUCACAAUGUAGACAAAUAACGGGGACUUCAGGUCAGAUGCCUAGAAUUAGUGCGCUAUUUUGGGAAUCUAAGAAAUCUGUGGCACAACAAGAAGUGGACUUUUCACUUGGGGAUUUUACUUUGAAAGGGUCAGCCCCCGAGGACAUUUUGACGAAUGAGGCGAAACCUAAAAAGAUAUCACUUUCAGUUGUUUCUUCAAUCUUAGAUGUUUCACCCAGUGGCUGGGAUGUGUGCACUUCAGAUGCCACGGGUCCUGAAAAAUUUAAUCCAUUUCUUACGCAUGGUUUUCUCUCUUGCUUAGAGGAGUCUGGCUCUGCAGUGAAGGAAACAGGAUGGAUGCCGCGCCACAUAAUUGCGAAGGAUGAAUGUGAAAAUAUUUUAGGUGUUGUUCCACUCUAUCUUAAAAGCCAUUCCUAUGGUGAAUUUGUUUUUGAUCAUUCUUGGGCUGAUGCGUACUACAGUUUUGGGGCAAGAUAUUAUCCAAAGUUGCAAUGUUGUGUACCUUUUACUCCAGUAACUGGUCCAAGAAUUUUAAUUCGUAAUACCCCUUUCAAAGAUCAAGUUUUUGACAUUAUGGUCUCUGCUCUGAAGGAUCUAGCGGCCAAGUCCCAGCUUUCAUCGCUGCAUAUCACCUUCCCAUCUGAAAAUGAGUGGCAAAAACUGAAGGGUAAAGGUUUUCUGCAGAGGAUUGGAAUGCAGUACCACUGGAAAAAUCGUAACUAUAAGAAUUUUGAUGAGUUUUUGAUGGACAUGAAACAAAGUAAGAGGAAAAAUAUUCGUCAAGAACGCAAAAAGAUUUCUGCGCAAAACUUGACUAUGAAACGGCUUCGGGGUUAUGAGAUAAAGGCGAGGCACUGGGACACCUUUUAUAAAUUUUACAGGAACACCACUGAUAACAAGUGGGGUAGUCCUUAUCUAACAAGGGAGUUCUUCCACAACAUGGGAUCGAAGAUGGGGGAUCAGGUACUACUUGUUGUUGCUGAAGAAGGGGAAGAACUUGUUGCUGGUGCUCUUAAUCUUAUUGGAGGUGAUACUUUAUUUGGGCGGCUAUGGGGAUGUCACCCACGAGCUUACUAUCCAAGUUUGCAUUUUGAAGCGUGCUAUUACCAGGCAAUAGAAGCAGCUAUUGAGCUCAAUCUGAACACAGUUGAGGCGGGAGCUCAGGGUGAGCAUAAGAUUCAGCGUGGGUAUCUGCCCGUGACAACUUAUAGCUGCCAUUACCUCAUGGAUGAAGGUUUCAGGACAGCCAUAGAGGAAUUUCUAGUGCGCGAAUCAACUCAGGUUAGGCUUGUUAUGAAAUUAUUACAUGAUUCUAGUCCCUUUAAGGAAGGUAUAGAACUGAUAUAAGAAAACGAGGCACCAUCGACAUAGCUCGUGGUAUUUUUCAUACACAUGUGAAUGCCUUUCAUCUUUAUGUACUGAUCAUAGUUAUGAAAUUUUGCUUCAAGAUUUUUGUAAAUAAUUACAUUGUCAGCAUUGAUUUGUGAAUCAUAGUGACCCUAUCUCACUAUGCAAUCAGCUAGGUGGUAUGCGAAGUGCUGCCUCUACA